AGAGGGGCAAUGGAAUAGUAAGAGAUAGGCUGUCAACCCCAAAAAAAGAAAAAAAAAUGAAAAUAUAAGCAAUAUGGGAAGAAUGGUGUGUUUGUGAUGUGUUGUAAUAAGCAAGACAGAGACCAUUCAAUGUCCAUUGUACUCUCUGUCUACUACUCUUCAACUACACAGCCAAAGGGUGGGAGAAUAGAAGAGAAGAGAAGAGAUCCCUUUAUAAAAUUCAAUCAUUUCUUGGUAUCAUGACAAUCUUGAAGAGCUGAAGAAGGUUUUGACAAGGAGAGCUGAAGAUGGGGAAACCAGGCAAAUGGCUCAAGCAAUUCUUGGCUAGGAAGAAGGACAAAGACAAGGACAAGAACAAUAACAAGCAAUCCUCGGCGCCAGCGCUGGCAGAAAACGGAACAACUCCUAUCCCAUUCGCCCCGUCAACCCCAAGGGAGAAGAGGAGGUGGAGCUUCCAACGGUCCUCAGCCACAUCGGCUGCUCUUAAGGACUCGAGCUCGGCCUUGGAGCAGACGCCUGCCUCUUCAUCUGUGUCGGCCCGCCAUGGAGCAUUGGAGUCCGAGAGCGAGCAGAAGAAGCAUGCUCUGGCUGUGGCUGCAGCUACAGCGGUGGCAGCAGAUGCAGCUGUUGCAGCAGCCCAGGCGGCAGCAGCCGUGAUCCGGCUGACAGAGGCAGCCAGUCCAAAUGCCAGCCCCCUGGUGGAGGCUGCUGCCAUAAGGAUUCAGUCAACCUACCGGUCUUAUCUGGCGAGGAAGGCAUUGCGGGCAUUGAGAGGACUAGUGAAGCUGCAGGCACUGGUGAGGGGUCACCUGGUGAGAAGACAAGCCACUGCUACCCUCCGGUGUAUGCAAGCUCUGGUCACUGUCCAAACUCAAGCUCGGGUCCAGAGGCUCCGAAUGAUUGAGGAAUCAAAAUCUGUCAAUUCCAGGACAUCCACCCAUCGAAGAUCCACUAGGGAUGAGCGCUUCAGACACGUCAAUCACGAGAUGGACAAAGGAGCAGAGGAAAACAUAAAGAUUGUCGAAAUGGAUAUCGGGGAACUGAGGACCCCAAUCGCAAAGAGCCGAAGCAGCUAUUCCAACAACCACCCACAGGCUGAACAACCUGAUCACAGAUUCUCGGCAUACUCAAAACAAGAAAUCAACCGGAUUUCUCCGACCCCAUCAGCUCUCAUGGAAAUGAGCCCGAGAACCUGCAGCGCCCACUUUGAGGAUUACAACUCUCUCGGCACAGUCCAGAGCAGUCCCCAGUGCUACUCCGCCCUAGCCAAGGUCGACACCUCACGAGUCCCCUUCUCCUUCCCCAAGUCGGAUUAUGCCGAAUCCUUAUCCUACGACUACCCGCUCUACCCGAACUACAUGGCCAACACAGAGUCAUCGCGGGCCAAGGCCCGGUCCCAGAGCGCACCGAAGCAGAGGCCAGAGUACUUCGAGAGGCAGCGGAGCUUGAGGAGGGCAUCCAUGGAGGGAAGGAACGUCCUCCGGGCUGUCAGGAUGCAACGAUCGUCCUCCCACGUGGGGUCGGCUGCUCAGAACUACCAGUAUCCAUGGUCAAUCAAGCUCGAUAAGUCGAACAUGUCCCUUAAGGACAGCGAGUGUGGGUCCACCAGCACGGUGCUCACGACCAUAAACUACUGCAGAUCACUCGCAUCAUACGAGACUAAUGGAAGUAGGAACCAGAAGGGCCUUCCUCCUCCUCAUCGGGCUGUUUGAGUUCAUGUCUGGGCAGUCAACAGAGAGUGGUUAGAAGGCUAUAGCAAGUAAGCAGAUUGGAUUCAAUAGGAACUUUGAGUGCUUCCCAAGAAGCUAAUUGGAGUGGGUCGUGGAAGAUUCUAAUCCUUCAGUUUAUAUAAUUUCUUGUUUGGAUUGCGGAUUAAAGUGAGGUGGGUUGUGGUGAAUUAUGAAGAAUUUCUAUAUAACUUCUUAUAGAAACUCUCCAUAAUCCUCUAUAACGGAUCCCUCUAUAACCCGUCAUAAUCUGCAAUCCAAGCAAACUAUUAAAAGUGAUUCCACGCUAAAUGUAGAGUUCAUGUGUGUAUUUUGGUCAGUUCACUUGAAUUGUUUGUCUAAUAGAUGAUUAUUUUUUUUAAGUUUGAUUUGUAAUAUAGUGGGACUCAGUGCAAGGAUAACGUAUAAUCAAAAUGCAUUUUAUUGUAGAAGAAA